AUGAAAUUGACCACACCAUCGUUGUUGUGCCAAAGCUCUAUACGCGGUCCUACCGUCGCCACCUCUGAGGAAGAUUUACCUCCAAACAGAAAGAAAGCAAAGCCUGCUAAGUUCAGAGACCAGAAUUCCAGGACUAUCGUUAACUGUAAUUUCUUCGCUCCAUCAGCCGGCUUUUGGGAAGAUUCUGCUAUGGACAACAUCGAUGAGGAGUACGACCGGCUCGUUGAACACUUUCCGAACGAGGAAGGCUGA